AUGACAAUUUCUCAUCCAGUAACAUUCACUAGAACUUUUCAAACCAAAUCAGGUAAGGAUAUUACUAUUGGUACCGGUACCGGUACCAAAUGGAAGAAGGACCUCUCUGAUGAUUCUGUUAAUCCUGAAUUAGUUGACCAAGUUUUAAGAUCAUUAAAUUUAGGAUUUAGACAUAUUGAUACAGCUGAAGUUUACAAUACUCAUAAAGAAGUUGGUGCUGCUAUUAAACAAGCAGGAAUCCCAAGAGAAGAUCUUUGGAUAACUACUAAAUAUUGUCCUGGUUAUAGAGGCAUUAAUGCUCCUAGUACUAGUCCAACUGAAUCUCUCAAUAAGGCAUUAAAAGAAUUAGAUACUCCAUAUGUUGAUUUCUUCCUUAUUCAUCAACCAUUCUUCACUGAAGAAAUGACAGGUGGUGUUACAAUUGAAAGUGCUUGGAAGGAAUUAAUUGAGGCUAAGAAACAAGGAAAAGUUAGAUUUAUUGGUGUUUCCAACUUUGCUAAAGUUCAUUUAAAGAGAAUCUUAGCUAUUAGUGAAUCAGAAGAAUUCUUACCAGUUGUUAAUCAAAUUGAAUUCCAUCCGUUCUUACAAAACCAAUCUCCCGAUAUUGUUAAAUUUUGUCAAGAAAAUAAUAUUCAAGUUGAAGCUUAUAGUCCAUUAGCUCCAUUAUCAAGAACUGAAGCUCCAGAAUUAGUCAAAUACUUGAAGGAAAUCGGUGCCAAAUACAACAAGACUCCUGCACAAUUAUUAUUGAGAUAUACUUUACAAAAGGGUAUUAUACCAAUCACAACAUCUUGUCAAGAGCAAAGAAUUCGUCAAUCCUUAGACUUAUUUGAUUUCGAAUUAACUAAAGAUGAAACAACCGCUAUUGAUACAAUUGGAGCUAAGUCUUCUUAUAGAGCUUUCUUCGAUGUUGAAUUUGAAAAUUUAUAG